AUGAACUUCCCAUCACGGCUUAUCUGGGAGUCGGAGAUCAUCGAUUUUUUCCUGGGCUCAUCCCUGAAGGAUGAGGUGCUCAAGAUCAUGCCUGUGCAGAAACAGACCCGUGCUGGGCAGCGCACCCGCUUCAAGGCGUUUGUGGCUAUCGGGGACUACAACGGGCACGUGGGGCUGGGCGUGAAGUGCUCCAAGGAGGUGGCCACGGCCAUCCGGGGGGCCAUCAUCCUGGCCAAGCUGUCCAUUGUGCCCGUGCGCCGCGGCUACUGGGGCAACAAGAUCGGGAAGCCGCACACUGUGCCCUGCAAGGUCACCGGGCGCUGCGGCUCCGUCCUGGUGCGCCUGAUCCCGGCUCCGCGCGGCACCGGGAUCGUGUCCGCCCCCGUGCCCAAGAAGCUGCUGAUGAUGGCUGGGAUUGACGACUGCUACACCUCAGCACGGGGCUGCACUGCCACCCUUGGCAACUUCGCCAAAGCCACCUUCGAUGCCAUCUCCAAAACCUACAGUUACCUGACUCCCGACCUCUGGAAAGAGACUGUCUUCACCAAGUCUCCUUACCAGGAGUUCACUGAUCAUCUGGCCAAGACCCACACGAGAGUGUCCGUGCAGAGGACCCAGGCAGCUGCUGUGGCCACAACUUAAGUGGGUUUUGUACAAGAAUAAAGUGAUCAGUGAACAAGGAA